AUUGUGAUACAGGACGGACGUCGCAUUGAUGGCUACCUCGGAUUUUGUGCUGGGCGGCGUGGCUGCCAUGGGAGCUGGUUUGUUCACCAAUCCCGUAGAGGUGAUCAAGACUCGCAUUCAGCUGCAAGGGGAGCUGGCUGCCCGAGGAUCACAUGCACAGCCGUAUAAAAGUGUCUUUCAGGCCUUCGUCACAGUGGCAAAAAAUGACGGAAUACUGGGGCUCCAGAAAGGAUUGGCUCCAGCGUUAUGCUUCCAAUUUGUCAUCAAUUCUUUCCGAUUAAGUAUUUACACCCAAGCCGUGGAGAAGGGUUUGGUGCACAACAAAACUGGGGAUAUAUCCUUUGCGAAGGGCAUGUUUUGGGGCGCCUUGGGUGGCGUUGUAGGUUCCUACUGCGCUAGCCCCUUCUUCCUGAUCAAGACGCAACUUCAGGCACAGGCCGCCAAGCAGAUCGCCGUUGGUUAUCAGCAUCCGCAUGCCUCGAUGAGCGAUGCGAUAAGGCAAAUUUACCGGAAGAACGGAGUCUUUGGACUCUGGCGGGGAUCCAUGGCUAAUGUUGGCCGGGCUACGGUUGCAUCCGCCGUUCAAAUCGCUACAUUUGGCCAGGCAAAGUCUCUUUUGAAGGAAAACGGGGUGGUAACUAAUCCCACAAUCCUGUCCUUCUGCUCUGGGUUAUCAGCUGGAUCAUUUGUGGCGGUGGCAAUUACUCCUCUGGAUGUGAUCACCACUCGUCUUUAUAAUCAAGCGGUGGAUUCCCAAGGUCGUGGUCUUUAUUACAAGAGUUGGCUUGACUGCGUGCUCAAGAUCCUGCGAUCGGAGGGAGUGUAUGGAUUGUACAAGGGCUUUUGGCCAAUUUACCUUAGGAGUGCCCCUUACUCCACUUUGGUGUUAUUGUUCUUCGAUGAGCUUAUCGCCCUUCGCGAAAGAUAUGGCCUUCACUACUGAUUUAUUGAAUUUUUAAAAGUCGCAAAGCGCCAUUAGGAAAUCAGAAAUACUUCGUUUUUUAAUUUAUAUAUAAUAGUUGAAUACUUUGAAAGUGACAAGUGCGAUUCUGAAAUCAAAAUUGUUAAAAAUAAAGCUAAUAGUUCAUUAAAUUAUUAGGUUUCUUUUCGUUUAUAUGCUUUAAGUACUCAAGUUUUAAACCUUCUUCACAAAUAAAACAAUCCUUUCAAAAUGGAAGAAAUUUACUUUUUUUCUAUUCAACUCAAAAAGGUGUUCGUUUCAUUCCUUAAACCAAGGACCAAAAUGAAAAUGUUAGAAAUAUCAAUAAAGAAUUAUUUUAAAACUAUUUUUGUAAAUAAAUUUGUUUUGCAGCACUUACAUUUAUCGAUACUAUCGAUAAUAUAAUCAAA